AUGGUUAGUGAAGAAAUUAAAGAUAAAGAGGAAAAACUUUCCUCCAAAGAUUUUCCGCAAAACACUUUGGGCCAUCGAUUUCCUAAUUUCCAAAGUUUUUACAAAGCGUUAACACCAAGUUUAGGAUUUGUAGUUCUCAAAAUUAUCACUAAGGUAGAAGAAGAUCCCAAAGGAAUUUUAACAACGUUUAUUGCUCGGGUUUUUUAUUUUAAAUUUAGAAACCGAGAAUAUGUUGGUGAAGAAAGAGAAUUUGUAGAUGAGUUUUUGGCUGAAUUAUCUGCUAUAAUUGCUGAAAUUCGGAGAAAAGAAACAGAAAUUCGAAAAGGUCAAAUUAGUGAUAAAGGUGGCAAAACUUCUAGCGGAGACACUCAAAAUUAUCAAGUUUUAAGUAAAGAGUUAACUGAUAAAAGAAUUCAACAAGGUGCUACUUCUACUUUUGACCAAAAAGGAACUAGUGCUACUAUUAAUUACAAAGGAACUGAUUAUGCUCCAUUAGGAAGAAUUAUUAAUUCUUUAAAUAAAGCCUUAAAAAUCUAUCACGAAGAAAACGAGGAAGAAUAUAGCAAAUUACCGGACACUUCUAACCGGAAGCCCCGGGUCGCUAUCCGAGUUAAACAUGGUGAAAAUUUGCUUAAAGCCUAUCAAAAAGAAAUCAAAAGGGGCGGAGAUUUUAAACUAAUUACCAAAGAUGAAUUCAUGGCCAGAAUUAGAGGAGAAAGAGCAGGAUUUGUUAAAGUAGUUGGCGGAGAAAAACCAUCGCAAUUAAUUAUUGGUUUAAUGGGAGACCCCGGAUUAGGAAAGACUUAUAUUUGUCAAGCAAUUGGUAAAGCCUUAGGUACUGGAUAUUACCGAAUUUCUUUAAAUGGAAAAAAUUCUUCUUCAAUUAUUUACGGAAGUCCGAUUGAUAAUCCCGGAGCAGAAAUGGGAGGAAUUGUUAAGGCGAUUAGUGAAAACAAAAGCCAAUUUCCCGUAGUAUUUUUUGAUGAAAUAGAAAAAGCGGGCAAAGAAGCUAAAGAUGCUAUUGCCGAACCGACUGAUAUAACUGGAAAUAAAGAAUUUAAGGAUGUUCUUUAUGAUUUUAUUACUCCUUGUGAUAAUCUAAUUUUUUUCUGUGCCUUGAACUACCUAGAAGAAUUACAAGACUUUAUUCGCGACAGAUUUGCGAUGAUUGAAGUAGAACCCCCGUCAUAUCAACAAAGAAUAAAAAUAUUGAGAGCUUUGUUAAUGGCUUCAUUGAAAAAAUUUGAAGAACCUUUUAAUGGAAUUUGGCAUAAAACUUGGGAAGAGAUUUAUAAUAUUUUAAAUCAAGAAGCAUUGUUAAAAAGGGCUUUGACUAAAACCAUGAGUAUUCGAGGUGCUAAAAGUAAUAUUGCGAAGGAUAAUGAUGUUGGAGAUAAGCGGAGAGGUAGAUUACCUUGUCCUCGUGGUGAAGAAAAACAAAAAAACGGAACUUCUGACAAAGCACAUAGACCAAGUUGCAAAUGUUUUAUGAAUAAUUUAGACAGAGUUCCGGAACAUACGCCGUUAGAAAUAAAAUUGGCAGGAAAAUUAAUUUAUAAGACUAAUGCUGCUAGAUUUGCAGAAUUAAAAAUUAUUAGAAAAGAGAAUAGUUUUCAUAUUGAAGAAAACUAA